CAGUGCUGUAAAAGAAUAAAGGAUACUGUUCAAAAAUUGGCCUCAGACCACAAAGACAUCCACAGCAGUGUUUCUCGGGUUGGAAAAGCCAUUGAUAAGGUAUGGUGUUGAAGGAAGUGUUUGAGAUUUUUAAAAAGCAUCCUUCAUCUCCUGUCACUGCUUUGAUAACAUUUGCUUUCUCCAAUUAUUUUAUGCUUGCUUUUAACAACUUCUGCAGAUCUGGUUUUAUUAUGUUAUUCUUAAAGUUUUCUAUUGAUAUUAAAAAAAAGAAAAAUACAGCAAACCUUGUUACAGCCUUGUUGUUUAUCCAUUUGCUUGUGUGAUUGCAGUUCCUAGUAUCAUGAUGAGUAAAUUUACAAAGAAAUUUUAGCUCUGUGAGGGAGUGUGUUUACAGGGGUAACUUUUCCUCCUUCCUGAGUAGUUCCCUGGCUGUGUCUCUCUUAUGGGGCAAUUAGAAUAAUACCCUUGCAUCCGUCUCCCCUGCAUCAUCCUAACUGUUGUCUUCCUGUGGACAUGCUAGCUGCUUUUCUCCAGUGUUGUGUUCUGUGUGAGUGAGUGGGUUGGUUGCUAGCCAGCAGGGCCAGUCAUUUCUGUUGGGUGAUUGUUCCAGUGACAUCUCUUGAAUCUUCCUUAUAAGCAGUUAUUUUUAGCACUGGACCACUUUUGCCUUUGGAGUUCAUAGUCCUGGUGGGGCCUAAGAGAAGAGGCAUAAGGUUACUAUGUGAUACCCCUGACUACCUCAGCCAUUGGGGAGUUUGUAACUGGUUAUGGACGUUUUUGUUGACCCAUUGUAAACUUCUGGGAAGGUAGGAAGAACUUUUGGGAAGAGCUUUUUGUAGCAAAAGCAGUCCUAUGAGUUGCUUAGUUUGUAUAUAAGAGAGCUAAUAGCUAUGAUGUAGAUGGAAACUCAUGGAAUCCGGAGAGUGGCUUUGUCUAACUCAUGGGUAAACCUAGCUGUUAGAAAUUACCCUAUAAAGCAGUAGUAUUGAAGGGCUAGACAAGGCAGCCUAAGGCAGAACUAUAUGCUUCUAAGGAGAUAGAUUUCUUUAACUGGUAGGUACAGUGUGGCAGGACUGUGUGUGGCAGAGGCUCUCGGGAUUGUUUGGGUAGCUGUGGUUUACAGAAGUGUUAGCGCCCUUUCAGAGAGCUUUUGCUACUAUCGUAGUGCUGAGGGCUUCAACUCAGCAAACGAGGCCAGAGAAGUAGUGUUGGCAGCAGCAGCCCCAUUUUGGGUUAGUGAUGGCAUUUGCUAGCAAAGGCUGGGAAGGCAGUGAGUAUUCUCUGAAAUAUCUUUGAGGUUGUGAUGCCCAUUUGGUGACUCCAAGAGAGUGAACACAGCAUUGGAAGUGGCUUUGGUAUUAGACUUUUUGGGGGCUAUGGGAUUGGAAGUCUUCAGUUGGCCUGUACUGGCUUUAGUACUUACUGGAAUGGUGAUGGGGCCUUUAGAGAGAAUCUUAAAUCACUGUGGGUGAGGAACCUUCAGUUUCUCUAGGUAGAGUAACUACUGGUGGUAUUUAGGAAGCUUCAGGGUUUGGUGGCUGACAGUGGUCAAGGCAAUCUAAUGGUUCUGAUGGUUCAAACCUAGAGGUUGGAGGUUCCUAGAUGUUCCAGGAGGCAUCUGCUUGACCAUCAGGCUGCCUGUAGUUAUGACAGAGUGGGGGGAGAGUAAGACCAGAAGAUGGCCAUGACAGUGGCAAGAGCUGAAGUUUUCACAGCCAAUCAGAGAAAGAAUCUGAGAAGAGAUCUGAGAAUCGGGAGAGGUGAGGAUGGCCUCAGCAGCCAUAGCUCAAGUACUUGGACUGCUGGCCACUAGGAUCUGGAGCAUUUGGGCCAGUAAUUCACUAGCUCUGUAUUCUACCACUGACAGGGUGACCACCUGUCCUCAUUUCCUAGAUUGUGCCUGUUGUCCUGUCAUGAUUAUCAGAAUCCUCUUCUUAAUUCUUGUUCCUCAGCUAUCAGUGAAUUGGGAAGUGUGUCUUCCUUCUGAUCCACCAGGUCUUUACAAAUAUUCAUAAUGCUUGUGAGAUAUUUUGGCUAAUCUUUGAGACAAAACAUUUAAGUGUAUUUGGUACUAGAAACAAAAGUGUCCCUUUUUGUUUGGGACAAACAAACAUGGAUACCCAGGGAAUGCAUGAGGAGUAAUCUAUGUUCUGGCUUUUUUGGUGGGGAUGUGUUUGAGGUGGAUAUUCCUAGUUAUAUAUUUUAAUUUACUCAUUUCUCUUUUGAGGACAUUUUUUUUCAUGUAUGUGGAAGUUAUAAGGGCUUUUUCAAGUAAAAAAAAAAAUUUUUUUUUUUUUUUUUUUUUUUUUGUAGCUUUAUGUUGCUGUGAAAGUAGUUUAGGUUUUAGGUGACCUGGAUUCCAGAUUCUUCUGAUCCGUCCUAUGAAACUACAUUGUUAGGUUGAUAUUGAUAACUGUUUGUUGAAUUAUAGUCCUGGGGCACAGAAGAAAGCCUGGAUCUUUUAGCCCACUUCUCUAACAUGUUUCACUGCAUUUUCUCCUUCCCUCCCCCUUUUUCGGGGUGGGAGUAUCUGCUUGGCCUCAGCUGUAGGAAGCUGUUACCCCACUAGAACGAACCAGACAUUGUGCUUCCUGCAUACAUAAGGAAUUCUGUGUAGGCUGUUGUAGAAGAUUCCACUGACUUGUAAAGUCUUCCUUUUCUUUUAGCUUAGAUCUGGUAAAUAAAUCUGUACAAGCUUCCAGGGCCACCUGUUGUAACAGGGCAGGGUGGACUCCUUUGGGCUGGUGGUGAGCAAACAGGAUGAAGCUGAAGCCAUUGUGGCACAAGCCUUUAAGUACCACAAACAGACUUGAGUAAUGAACUGGAAUGCUGUGAAGCAGCCUGUGAGCACCAUGUUAUGGACACAUUUUUCCACCCUGCCAAGAGGAGGACAGAGAAGCUGGUGACUCCUUUAUGAGCAGGCUGGUUUUGACCACUUCUUGGCUUCUGUGCAAUGCUACUGAUUUCCUGCAGCCAUGCAAACGAAUUUGGUCACCUAGCAACAGAAGCUGGAACUGAUCCUAGCACUGAUGCAACACUCUGGAGACUGGAAGUUCAAGAUCAAGAUGCUGGCAGGAAUUUUGAUUCUGACAUUAGCAGUGUGGGAAUAGAUGGCUGCUGGCAGGCAGACAGUCAGAGGCUUCUCAAUGAGGUGAUGGUGGAGCACUUCUUUCGACAAGGGAUGCUGGACGUAGCUGAGGAGCUCUGCCAGGAAUCUGGUCUUUCUGUAGACCCAAGUCAGAAAGAACCGUUUGUGGAGUUAAAUAGAAUUUUAGAAGCAUUAAAAGUCAGAGUUCUGAGACCUGCUCUGGAAUGGGCAGUAUCAAACCGAGAAAUGCUCAUAGCCCAAAACAGUUCCUUGGAAUUUAAACUACACAGACUGUAUUUUAUUAGCUUGUUAAUGGGCGGAACUACGAAUCAGCGAGAAGCAUUACAAUAUGCUAAAAAUUUUCAGCCAUUUGCCCUAAAUCAUCAAAAAGACAUUCAGGUUUUGAUGGGAAGCCUUGUGUACCUGAGACAAGGGAUUGAGAACUCACCAUACGUUCACCUACUUGAUGCAAACCAGUGGGCUGACAUCUGUGACAUCUUUACUCGGGACGCCUGUGCCCUCCUGGGGCUCUCGGUGGAGUCUCCUCUCAGCGUCAGUUUCUCAGCAGGUUGUGUGGCACUGCCAGCGUUAAUUAAUAUCAAAGCCGUGAUAGAACAGAGGCAGUGCACAGGAGUUUGGAACCAGAAAGAUGAAUUACCUAUUGAAGUGGACCUUGGUAAAAAGUGCUGGUAUCACUCUAUAUUUGCCUGUCCCAUUCUUCGUCAGCAAACAACAGAUAACAAUCCACCCAUGAAAUUGGUCUGUGGUCAUAUUAUAUCAAGAGAUGCCCUGAAUAAAAUGUUUAAUGGUAGCAAAUUAAAAUGUCCAUAUUGUCCAAUGGAACAAAGUCCAGGAGAUGCCAAACAGAUAUUUUUCUGAAGAGAUAACUUUAAUUUGCGAUUUGUAAGUGAAACUGAAUUGUGGCGCAUUUCAGAAGAGAACGUUCCAUUUAAUGCAGCUAACUGAGGACUCCCGUGUUUAUAUAAGCUAAUGCUCCAGAAACUUUGCCAACAUUUUAGUGUACACACACUGAGGGGAGUGCUCCAGAUGAAUAUUAUCAUAGGGCUUUAUUAUAUUCUUGGUCUUCAUUUUUGAUCAAGUAAAUACACCAGCAGUUGUCAUUCAAUGCAGGUUUUUGUACUUAAUUAUAUGGUGAUUUUUUUACUUUUUAAGAGCAGAAACAGAAAUCAACCUCCCUGCCAUGUGUUUAAUAUUUCUCCUGCUUUUACUUUAGUCAUUUCUUGAUAAUUGUAAGGUUUGAGAAUGUUUGUGAAAAAGUUUUACUUCCUGUUAUGUAUACAAAAUUAAAUGAAAAUUCUUCAGAAAAAGUUUGAAAAACUGAAUUGUGGUUAUAAAACUAAUUUGCAUUUGUUUUGCUUAAGGAAGAAAGCUGUGAUAGAUGCCCAGUUUGCUUUUUGGUGUUUUCCUCUGCUCCAGCUCUCCCCGAGAAGUUAGCAGACCUGCAUUUGAGCUCUGCUUGUAGCCCCAGUGGGCUGCCUGUUUCUGAUUCCAUCAUGAAUUUAGCAGGUUGGUGUGAGAAGCCUUCCACUAGAACAGAGUGGAAGGAGUACUCGUGUUUCUUUGCUUUUAUUGCCAAGAGGUGCUUGUUUUAAAAGGUGUGUUCAAUAAAAUGAAAUUCUGAAGUUAGAGGUGUUCUUAAGUUAAUAUUUGCUCUCUUGGUCUUGGUAGCCCUAUUCUCUGAAAUCUGCCUUCAGGACUUGGCUGUCUGUCUCUUUGUAUAUCAUUGCAGACACAGUGUUGUGUGUGUGUGUGUAUAUAUAUGUGCACCGGCAUCAAACAUUGUGUCCCUGGAAGGGAAGAAGCAUGUUCCAGUCCUAAAAUGCAGUUACCAGACUCAUUACUUUAAAUCCUUAAAGUUAGAAGUUAGCAUAUUUUCUGUAGUGCAGAAUAUGUUUAUUGCUGUUUUUGUAUUUGAAUAGUAUACCGUUCAAUGCCUCUCUUCUGCAAAGUGUAUCAUCUCAUUGACUGUGAAUCUGUAUAUUAUUCUAAUGGAUACAGAUAAUGAUCUUUUCUCUUGUGAGGUAUCUUCGUUUAAUGCACUGUCCAGAAAUAGCCAUGUGUAAGAGUCUUUCUCUAUAUGAUGAACGAACUACAUGGAAAGGACUUCUUUGGACAUACUUCUGACUUAAGCGCGUUAAGUCAGUUUGACUUAAGCGCGUUAAGUCAGUUCAUUACGAGAAGAAUGUUCUGUGGAAAUCACCAAAUAUUUUGCAACUUUAUUU